AUGCUGCGUUUCUUUGCUACACACGGCGAGCCUCACAGCCCGUCCUCGCAGCUCUGGGUUCCGCCCAGAGCCGCGAUACCCCUUGCAAAUGAGAAAUUCGGAGGAAUCUUCAAACCACAACCCGCGCCGUCGUUCGUUCUCGCGCGUCGGCGCCGGUCCUGCCCGCGAGGGCCUGGUGUGAUCCUAGAAGUGAUCCUAGAUCACUUCUUAGCCACACUUGCACUUGACAUCAGAAACAUCGGGCGGAUGGGGCUUGCCCCGAACCCCUUGGGAGAGUCGGUGCGAAGAUUGUGUGUGAUGACACUUUAG